AUGGCUGGUGGAAACGAGGUCAAUCUAAACGAAUGCAAGAGAAUUGUCCCACUCAACACAUGGGUCCUCAUUUCCAACUUCAAGCUCGCUUACAACAUCCUCCGUCGUCCCGACGGCUCCUUCAACCGUGACCUCGCCGAGUUUCUUGACCGGAAAGUUCCCGCCAACACCUUCCCCGUCGACGGCGUCUUCUCCUUCGACCACGUCGACACCACCACCAACCUUCUCACCAGAAUCUACCGACCAGCUCCUCUCGAUCGCACCCGUUACGGUACCGUCGACCUAACGGAGCCUCUCAGCACGACGGAAAUCGUCCCUGUCCUGAUUUUCUUCCAUGGAGGCAGCUUCACUCACUCCUCCGCCAAUAGCGCUAUCUACGACACUUUCUGCCGGCGUCUCGUUAGCAUUUGCGGUGUUGUCGUUGUCUCCGUUGAUUACCGGAGAUCCCCGGAGCAUCGUUACCCUUGUGCCUACGACGAUGGAUGGAAUGCUCUCAAAUGGGUCAAGUCCAGAGUGUGGCUUCAGAGUGGUAAAGACUCUAAUGUCUAUGUUUAUCUGGCUGGAGACAGCUCUGGAGGUAACAUUGCUCACAAUGUCGCUGUGAGGGCAACCAAGGAAGGGCUUCGAGUCCUGGGGAACAUCCUUCUCCACCCUAUGUUUGGUGGGCUUGAGCGGACUCAGUCUGAGAAGAGCCUCGAUGGUAAAUACUUUGUGACGAUUCAAGACCGAGAUUGGUAUUGGAGGGCUUAUCUACCGGAAGGUGACGACAGAGACCAUCCAGCUUGCAAUCCCUUUGGCCCUCGAGGUCAAAGCCUUCAAGGGCUCAAAUUUCCCAAGAGUCUUGUCGUCGUGGCUGGUUUGGACCUUGUUCAGGAUUGGCAAUUGGCUUAUGUCGAUGGGCUUAACAAGACUGGUCACCAUGUUAAUCUUCUGUAUCUGAAGCAGGCUACCAUUGGGUUUUACUUCUUGCCUAACAAUGAUCACUUUCAUUGUCUUAUGGACGAGUUGAACAAGUUUGUGCACUCGAUGGAUGAGGAUACUCAAAGCAUGCCAAGUCCUGUUCUUCUGACUCCAUAG